GCAAUUCUACUGCACCAAUCAGAGCGCAGCGAUGACACUCGUUAUCCAAUCAGAGCCCGAGACGGAGCGCGCUGAAUAUGGCGGGAGGUGUGGAGCUGAGGCUGCUGACUGAGUUGUAUGAGCGGCUACAGAAGUUGUCUUGCCCGUCUCUUGAGGGAGUUUAUGUGACUGAACCGCAGAGUAUUCUUGAGCUCCUGUGCACCCCAUCAGCUCAUCGCCUGGACAUCCUGGAAUGGAUCUGUACACGAACUUACCCUCCACUUCAGGACCAGUUCUCUGUUUUGAAAGAAUCUCAGGCAGAAUUAAAAGUGAAAGAGAUGGCAAAACUUGGCUUUGAUCUUAUGUUGUGUAAUCCAGACGACGUGGACCUCAUAAAGGGGAAUGUUAGCCCAAGCAGGCAGCUGGCCUUUAUGACACAGUUACUGGAUAUUAUUGAGACCUGUGACAAUGUGUCCAGCAGCUCUGAGCUGCAGCUCAUGACUCCAAGCGCUGAUAAGAACUUUGUUACCUAUGCUCGUGAGAAUGAGGAGCUUCUAAAGGAACUAUUUUCAAGCCCCCAUCUUCAAGCAACCCUGGCUCCAGAGUGCAAUCCCUGGCCUGCCGACCUGAAAACUCUCUUGGUCCCAGAGGAACUUCAGAAAAGGACACUUCCGUGCAGCAAGGAUAACGUGAUCAGUGAGCACAUCCAAGAGUUACAAAGAAUCUCAUUGAGCCUUGAAGAUCUUAAACAUGAGUGCACGUUCCUCUGCAGCCCUGUCGCGGGUGAAGACACUGUUAUUCAGAAGCUGAGAUUGGCUCUGACCGACUUCCACCAGCUCAUUGCAGCUUUCACUCAAGUGUAUGAGAAUGAAUUGCAGGAACAUUGCAGAUACACAGCUCCUCAGAUGAACACAUCAGGCCCCCUCUUCAAGUCAGUUCACCAAUUGCUGACUACAUUCUGCAAGGAGCUAGAAGGGAUUGCCCAGUUUAUAGAAACUUCCAGUACAAUAGAAGGAGUGGUGAAGAAAAGGCAGCAAGAAAAAGAGUGCUGGGGAGGAGGCAGCAUGGCCACAUUGUAUGAGAAAAUCGAGGAACUGAAGCAAAACUAUGAGUUGUUACAGACUUCACUCCAAGACUAAAGAAACAAGUGACGGGUGACCUUUCGUGUCAUGAUUUAAGGCUUGAAGUGGCUUCACCUCCGAAAAUUUAUUUGACAAGGUGCCUGCUAUUGUAACUUUUUACCUACAUCCGUAGAGGACACAAUUAUGAACUGAUGCAGGUUUGGUAUCAUGAAGAAUGACUAUGACUUAUGAACCCUUUAAGCACUGCUAUAUUGUACAUUUGAAUGCGCCGUCAUAUCAGUUCAGUCUGGUUAUAGUUUACAUAAAAACUUCUCUUGUG